GUGGGACAAUCGGCGGGAACAUUCGAGAAAAACGUUUCUCUGCAACUUUCGUAAUCCACUAAUGUCUGAGGGACUAGAACCCGACUUCUCCAGCGAUGAGGUGUUUAACAGCCGGUUUCCCAUCCACCGCGCCUGUCGGGAUGGAGAUGUUGGAGCUCUGGUCUCACUGUUACAGCAGCUCUCAAACCAGGCUCAUCUGACUGCUGAGGACUCGUGCUACGGAUGGACCCCUAUACACUGGGCUGCUCACUAUGGCCAGUUGGAGUGUGUGGUGUGCCUGGUGCAGAUGGGUUGUGAGGUGAACACAGUGACCAGCCGAUUCAACCAGACACCCACACACACUGCAGCGUUUGGCGGACAUCCUCACUGCGUGGCCUGGCUGACUCAGGCUGGAGCCGACGUCAACGUGCAGGAUUUUGUAGGUGAGGCUCCCAUCCACAAGGCGGCUCGUUCAGGUAGCUUGGAGUGUAUCCAGGUCCUGUUGAUAGCAGGUGCUAAGCCACAUUUAAGGAACGCCAGCGGGCAGACAGCAGCAGACCUGGCCCACGCUCACGGCUUCCUCGACUGUUUCUGCCUCAUCUCCAAAACCAAGAAGCACCUGCUGCAGCUCAGUGGACUCCGUGUGACUGGAGUACAGAAUGGAAACGGCGCCCCAUGUGGUCAGGGCCUGCUCAGCAGAAAGAGGCUGCUGACAGCGGCAGACACUGGUCACAUGAAGAAAGCCAGGGGAGCUGAUAAUGUUUUGGUACAGAUGCAGGGCAGUGGAGAUGAGGAGCUGGAGAGCAUGAACAUGGAGUCUGCACAGGAGCUCCACUCAGCAGAUGACGACGCCGAAGCCACCACCAAUGGCCAUUAUCACACACUGCCUUAUGCUGACCAGGAUGGCCGUGAGCCACCCAAAAGCAUCUCCUCACCGCCUUCCGCUCCAGCCAAUCAGCAGCCGGCAGCAGUGCCUGCUCAGCACGCUGACAUGUGUGGUUCCCUGCAUCUGACCGGCAGUCCCAGCAGCUGCGUGUCCCACCGCCCGCCCCGGCGGGGGCUGAUAGGAGCAGACUGCGGGGACUUCCUGCAUUACGGACACUACCACGGCUUCGGAGACACCGCGGAGGAGCUGGGCGACAGCAGCUGCCUUGACUACAGCAGCAGCGUCCGAGCUGAGCACAGAUACAAACAGGCUGUGGCCAGCACCAUCCACCUCUACCACGACUCAUAAAGGACACACAUCGCGGAGGAUUGCCUUUCACAGCCAGCCUCCUGGAAACAGGGAAGCACUGCUCUUUUAUAUGCCUUCUCUUAACUUGCAUUAAAGAACAGUCUCACAUUUUGGGGAAUGAUUAAUUUGCUGCCAAACCCAAAGUCACUACUACUCCUACUACAGACAUCCAGGACAUGUUUAACCUCGUUUGAUGAAAUAUUCCAAACUCAAAGUUCACUCACUAGCUUUUUUCAACUGCAUCUCAUGGUCUUCAUCAGUGGAUGGAGCUUGCUGGAGAAAGAUCAGGGACAGCAUUCACAUCCGACACAACAGAGACAGGGCUUACAAUCACACUCCCCACCCCAUAUUGGAAAGCCUAGCUUCACCAAAAGAGAAAGAACUCAGACGCUAAUUAGUACAGUCUAAUUAACAUAUUGUAUUUCAAUAUAGUCCAACUAAAUAAUAGUGUGUACCAUAUACAUUAUGUACCAUUGUCAUAGUUUAUACACGUUUAUAUACGUUGUGCAUUGCUUUGUGCAACAGUGUACAUCACACUCAAAAAUCUAGUCUUUUUUUUUUUUUUUUUUGUCUUUUUGGGUGUCCCUAAUUUAGUUUUUUCAAUGUGAACCCAGUCAGUCAGAACUGAAAUAAUUUUUUUUUACUUUUGCUCAGCUAGGCUUAACAUAGCUCUGUACUGGAAGUACAGAAAUUAUUAUUAUUAAAAAAAUUUAGCCGUGGAGUUUUCUGUUGUCCUGGAGAUGGCUUAUAUUGAUAUAAAACGGAUAUCGAUUUUGUCUCUGACUCUUAGUAUUACAGCUUUUUCUCAAAAUGUUAGACUGCUCCUUUAAUGCUAGCAUUUGCAAGUUGAAUGUUGGAUUUAUAUAAAAUGGUCCUAAACAUCCCCGCUCCAUAUGUUGCAUUGUAAAACACAA